AUUUAUCUAGUAUUUAUAUUUCUUUGAAUUGGUUAUCAAGGAUGCGUACACACAUAUGCAGAUUCAACUACAGUAUUUUCUCGACGAUUAAUUAAUCGCUUAGAUAAGUUUUCAUAAACUAAGCUGGUAUAGCUUGUUUUUCUUCGUGUAUUAAAAAUAGAGAUGGCAUAUAUGGAAUGUCCAACCAGAUAAUCUUACUGCAACCAGUUUCCAGUGAAUCCCUGACAAUCAGUGACUGACUGAGUCUCAUAAUAUAAGGACGCACGGACACAGUUCCUUACAUUCUGCUACGGAGUGUUUAUACCAUGCAGAUUGCCGAAUGGAUUAUCGCGCUAAUAAUUAUUUGCGUCUAUAUUGAUUUUCAGUAUGCACAAGCUAAUAAUUGUGGGCUAGAGAAAUUUCAAUGUCGCAGUGGAGAGUGUAUAGAAGGCAAAUUAUUAUGCGAUGGUACAGCACACUGUAAAGAUUCGUCCGAUGAGACAGAGGUCGAAUGUGAAAAAGCAGAAUAUAAUCGAACAAGAAGGGCCGCAAAAUGCAAGGCGAAUCAGUUUACGUGUAGUAAUGGACAAUGUAUUUCCAACACUGAUCUAUGUGACGGAACUUUGAACUGUGCGGAUGGUUCUGACGAAAAAUCUGCGAUAUGCAGAUCAUUACCCUGUCCCUUGACGAGAUUUCGUUGUGCUUACGGAGCUUGUAUCGAUAAUGAUUUAAAGUGUGACGGAAAAAGCAAUUGUGUAGAUGAAUCGGACGAAGAUAUAAUAUUGUGCAGUGGAAUUGGAUUAGGAUUUCAAGUAAGAUCAAUAAGACCAAUAGCGCCAGGGAAAUCAGACGUGCCAGAUAAACCAGUAGGGCCGAUAAAUCUAUUAGUACCGGAAUUAGACGUACGAAGACCAGAGACAGAAGAAUCAUCAAACACAUCAAAUAUAUCAAAGCCAUUUGUACAACCAGAAUAUACUCCACGUCCUUCUGUGACACUUGAAUGGGUGACAUCGUACUUAAAACCAGAUCCAAUAUCAACAUUACGACCUUCAAUUGAAACUUUCUCUGUGAAUACCAACUUUAAACCUUGCACAGCGCCUCCUCAACCGCAAAAUGGUCAUUACAAGUUACACGGGCCGCAGUGUUCAUAUACAUUAUAUUGCGACAUUCCGGAAAGAACGAAACUGCAAUUAGGUUCUCAUCUCAUUUAUUCCUGUAACCCAGGAUAUAUUUUAAAUGGUUCCUCCGAUGUGAGUUGCAAUUUUGAAGGAAAGUGGCUUAAUGUACCAGUUUGUUUAGAAGUACGCUGCAAAAUUUUGAACACUGCAUCAACUGAAGCUACAUGUACAUACAACAAUAAUUGGGUAUCAUGUGACUCUCCAGUUCUACCAGGAACGAGGGCGUCAUUGUCCUGCCGAAAUAGCUAUGAACCUCAAGCUAAUCUACUUACAAGGAACGAAGUAAAGUGUAAUGUUUAUGGUCAAUGGGAACCACAACCCAUACAAUGUGUUCCAGAAUGCGGCAUAUUACCUGCUCCUGUUUCACCGCUCAUUUGGGGCGGUGUUACACCCAAAAUCACAGAAUUCCCGUGGCAUGCUUCAAUGUAUUACGAUGAAGGCCGCAAAAAGAAAUAUUUCUGUGGAGCAACUAUUAUUCAAGAGAAUCUCUUGGUAACAGCAGCUCACUGCAUAUACGAUGACACCACCAAACGGGUGAUUGAUCCUAAUAAGAUUCUUAUAGCAACCGGAAACAUCUUUCGCGAUUACGACUCGCCUUAUAACGAUCGACGCCUCGUUAAAAAGAACAAGGUGAGAGAUAUUUAUAUUAUAUGCAAAUACAUAGGACUUACAGGAAAUUAUGUUUGGGAUAUUGCGAUAUUAGAACUCGCUGAACCAUUCGAAUUGUCGACUUGGUUGGUUCCUGCAUGCUUAGAUCCUUUUAGCGAUCAAACUGUGUUGGAGCCAGGUGUUUAUGGCAAAGUCGCAGGGUUUGGUAGAACUUCGGACGGUGAAUCCAGCGCAAUUUUACAAUCACUGAAAGUGCCAUAUAUUUCGUAUAACCAGUGCAAAUCUGCAAGUCUAAACGCCGAUACAGAACAAUUUAUUACUAUUGACAAGUUUUGUGCAGGCUAUUUGAAUGGUUCUUCUGUUUGUGAUGGCGACAGUGGUGGUGGAUUAGUCGUUCAAACUAAUGGUUUGUGGUACCUUCGAGGUAUUGUUAGCGUUUCGCUUGGCACGAUAAAUAUAGCGGGAAGUCCUCGUUGUGACAACAACUUGUAUUCCUUAUAUACACGAAUAUCUAGCCAUAUAGGAUGGAUACAAGACGUAAUUGCAACAAUAGAACAAAAUCGGCAAUAUCCCGAAUGCCCGAAUAAGUCUUGGAGGAACUAAGAGACACUUCUAUAUUUGUAUACAACAGAAUUAUGUUUGAUUAUGGUACAACGAAUUUAAAAAAUAUAUAUAUAAGUUUGAUUUUAAACGUACAAUUUUGUGCAAUAGGUAAGUAUAAAUCGCUAAUAAAUAUUUAAAUAUUUCUUUUUUAUGUAAUUGUAUGAAAUUACAUUUUUGUUGAAAAAAGCAUUUAUGACUUGAAAAGUAGU